UUGUAGGUUUGUUUAAACGCUUCCCUAUAAAUGGUUCCUUUGUUAGCUUGUUGCAUAUGAUUUUAAAUGAAAUUCGAAUGGCAGUUGACGAAUUAUAGUUCUGCUGAAGCAAGUAAGAAUAUUUCGUCUUCUCAACGAAUAAGACUGAUUAAUGAAUUAGUCCCUUUCACUUCUCUCUUGCACCUUUCGUCACUGGGAUCCUUUACAUAACAGUUCUCAGUAAGCGGCUUGACAUUUACGAUUAACUGAAAACAAAAGAAAUGUGUUUUGUUUUUUUAAUUAAACUCUUUUAGGUACCUCAGAUGGCACAAAUUAUAUGAGACCAUCAUAAAACAAUAGGAAGAGCUCCGUCCAUUUAUUCCUUUUAAUUAUUUUACACUUUCGUUCUUAAAUCUAUUCAAUAAUUUCUUCUUCUUACCUGUGAACUGGAUGAUUUUUUCUGUGUUUUUAUUGUAAACUUGAAGGCUUUUUUACGUCCUUAGAAAACGCAUCUUGUUCAACUAUCCAAGCACCAUUCGAAACUCCUGUAGAUACUUAAUCGACAAAGUUGAUGGAGGUAUCCUCUAUACAACAUGAUGUUGAAGACUUGUAUUUAAACCAAGGUGAAUUUCAAAUCAACAACUUUCAAUACCGAUCUGUCAGAAUAUGUCACGAGGUUAAGUCCCAAAGGUUUGUGACAAAUUUAUUUGGCAUUGUUAAAACAUUUACCCCUAAGAAACAAAGUCUUAGAGGAACAUGUGACUGGGUAGUGACAAUAGAGCUUUGGGACCCUAGUUGUUAUCCUCGUACUGAAGGUCUACGUAUACAUUUGUUCAGUAAAAAAGAAAACGAUCUUCCAGAAAUUACAGAAGAAGGGCAGAUUCUUCUGCUGCAUCAUAUAACAAUUCGGCCUUAUAGAGACAGCGUGCAAGGGCUAUCUAAGACUGACUUUACCUUUCAACUUUGGACUAGAAAUUUGGAAAGCUCAAUUAGUAAUACCUUUCGUUUAUUUCAUGUAAGGGCCGAGGAAGUUGAGUUUGCGAAAAGACUAGGCAUCUGUUGGCAAAAACAAUUCGAGCACCAUACUGUAGAAAGCCAAACUCCUGCCAUUGAAGUGCAUCAUCAUAAUGAAUGGGGGGCUUUGAAAGACCGUGAAAACUCGGUCGUCACUCUCUCCAAAAUUCGCCCUUCCCAGCGGUUCACUUUCUAUGCCCAAGUCAUUAAAACUUGGUAUACAGAAAAAAACUUUACUGUUUAUGUCACAGAUUUUUCCGAAAAUGAAUUUUUCUAUCCCGUAACUCGCGAAACUGCUCCUCAUAUGCGAUGGAAAGGUCCUCAGGGUCGUUAUUCUGUACGGUGUAUUCUUUGGGAUGAGCAUGAUUUCUAUUGUCGUAACUAUGUUCAGGAAGGAGACUAUGUCCUCAUAAAAAAUGCUCGAGCUAAGCUUGAUCGAAUUGGUCAACUGGAAUGUGUUAUGCAUGGCGAUCCUGGCCAAAAAUAUAAAAGCAGCAUUGAAAAGGUUGAUCCUAAUGUUCCUGAAUUGGAGAGUUUAAAGAGAAGGAAAAGAGAUUAUGUAAAAAACCAAGAAGUCCCCGAAGUCGCUGCCAAUUCUGUUGACGAUCAAGUUAAUCCUUUCAUCUCUCAUGAAAUUAACUACCCUAAGACCUCUAAUAUAACUGCUCAUGUUUUUAAUGAUUCAAUAGAAAUUCCAAUUACUACCAUAUCGACUAUUCUGCAUUCUCCUCUGAACUCUAUUACAUCGCCUCGAAAACAUCGACUCAGGGUACAAAUUGUCGAUUUCUGGCCUAGAGAUUUAACCAGUUUUUGCGUUACUACAUCGGAUUCUAUGUCUUCAGAGUACAAAUGGAUGUUUGUCUUUCUUGUGAGAGAUGCAUCAAAAACAACACUCCCGGUUAUCUUUUAUAGUGAAGAUGCUCAAGCUCUCUUCAAUACCUCUACUAUAUAUCCGUGCGAUUUAAAAGUUGAAAAGCAAGUUUUACUUAGACUUCGGGAAAGACUAUUUUUAGUUUGGGGAAAUUUGGAAGAACGGGUAACCAAACUUUUGUCCAAGGGCGUUUCAAGUGAUCAAAUUCCCAAAGAAAUUGAUGAAACUCCAUGGUUUGAUAUUUUCGUUAUGGAGUAUAUGCCUUUAAUUAACACUAACUCAAAAUCAACAUCUUUUUUGUCAAAGAGAUGGAGGGCUUUUGGGACAAGAAUCAUAUAACUCUGUUUCUUUACAUCAUUAAUAGUAUUCUUUAAUUUAUUGUAACUAACUAAAAAAAGAAAAAAUAUAAAGACAUCUAAAGAAUUUCAUGAUUAAGUCGAAAAAAGAUCUAAUUUCCAAAUUAAAUACAGACUCGCCGACGUUCAAGGUAUCGAAACGGAGUGCACAUUUAAGUAGGCUUUUGCUUGCUUUCGUUCACACGAUACGGAGCAUCAUCAUCACUUUCAUCGUCCACAGCAAAGAGAGCUUGAUGUUCAUCAGCAUUUCCACUUCGUGUACCAUGCUGGGCUUCCGAACCUGGCUGCUCUUGAUAAAUGGGCAGACUUUCAUGGGAAACUGAGGAUGUCAUUUCAAAUUCAUCAACAUCUUGAGCAACUUGUUCGCUCAUAGCAAAACGACGGUUAUUCUCGG